UUUUCUCCGCUCCGUCGUUGCCGCCGCCUCCGGGUUUUUUUUCCGCGUAGUUUCUCGUGUGACCGACCGGAAUCGACCUCCCGUGUGGCCUCAAAAUGAUCACAACGCUCACCCAGCCCCUGCGGGAGCUGCUCAAGACGAAGGAGGUGGACGCGACGAACGCCGUCUGGCGGCUGCACAGCCGGGCCACCGUCUUCACGCUGGCCUUCUUCACGAUUCUGCUGUCCGCGCGGAGCUACUUCGGGGAACCGAUCGACUGUAUCGCGUCGAUCGCUUCCGACUACCGCAAGUCGAUGCACAACUUUUGCUGGGUGCUGGGGACGUUCAUCAGCCGGGAUCCCAAGUUUACCUUCGCCAGCUGGGACGUGAUCGAGAUCGGCGCCCAGAUGGGCCACAUCCCGCAGCACGAGCGCCUCUACCAGAAGUACUACCAGUGGGUCCCGUUCGUGCUGGCCAUCCAGGCCUUUCUGUUCUCCUUCCCGAAGCACCUGUGGCGGUUCUUCGAGGGCGAACGCCUCCAGACGCUGUGCAAGGACUUGACAUCGAUUCUUCCGCCGGCCGAGUGGACGGCGCAGCGCAGGGCGGACACGUUUGCCUUCCUCGCGAAGGAGUCUCCGGGGAAGAUUCGGCGGUACGCGUUGAUGUUUGUGUUCUGCGAGGCUUUAAACCUGGUGGUCGUGAUCGUGAACAUCGGGCUGGUGAACUUUAUCUUUGGGGACUUUUGGCACAGCUACCAGCCGGCCAUGCAGGCCCUGUUUUCGAUGGACAUGAACGCGUGGACGCAGUACAACUCGCUGGUGUUUCCGAAGUUGGCCAAGUGUGACUUCCACUACAUUGGACCGAGCGGUUCGAAGCAGAACAUGGACGCGCUGUGCCUGCUACCGCAGAACAUCCUGAACGAGAAGAUUUUCGCGUUUUUGUGGGUGUGGUUCAUCGCGUUGGGCGCCGCUUCCGGGCUGCAGGUUCUGUUCCGGAUCUUCCAGAUGUGCUCGUCGGGACUUCGCUUCCAGCUGCUGCACAAAGAGGUCGCCCCGAUCAGCUAUCAGCGGUUGAAGCGAGUCUCGCGAGAGGCCACCUUUGGCCACUGGUUCCUGCUGUACCAGAUGGCUCGGAACGUGAACCGGACUGUGAUGAAGGACUUGAUCCGCGAUCUGUCCAAGCUAGGACACGAGGGGCAGAGUCUGUCCCGUUUGACGCUGGAAGAGUUGCAGAAGCAGCAGCACUUGAGCCUCGCAAAUGGCCUGAACAGGGCCAACGACGACGAUGACGACGAGCAGGACGUCGAUCCCGAGGAUGACGAGGUAACGGUUUGAGCAGAUCGCAAGAACGACUGCAAAUUGAAUUAUUGUUCAUUAUUUUUCACUUUCUUAUUUGUUCUGGAUUGGCGAGGGGAAUUGCCGCCUACUUUGUUUUGUUACGCCGAAAGUGUAUUCCAGGUGUGUUUACACUCUAAUUGAAGAUGAGAGAAACAGUACUGAGUACAAAUAUAAUUCGUACACUUGAUUUGUUA